AUGAACUAAAAAGUGAAAAUUGAAUGUGUUACAUAAGGAUUCUAAAUUAGCAAUGAAAUGAAAUUUGACAUCAUGGAUUUUUAUCAUAAAUCUUUACACUAAGAACACUAUGCUCAUAAAACAGAUUAUAUUAGACACAAUCUGGAAGAGAAAUAUGGACGUUGUUUUUCAAUUAUAAUGUAUUAGAUUGGUGCUUUUGUGUCCCAUUCAUUCUUGCAUGCAGAUGACUUCUUAUUGGAAUUAAGAUCGCCUGAACAUCAUAUAUUAGCAUAUAUGUUACCACCAUCAUUUAGUCCUCCUCCUUUAAUACCUGAACCUAAGGUGAUACCAUUUAGUAGAACAACUACUCAACAACUACAUGUAUCCAAAUAUUAUCAACCAUACAAUAGUGGGUAUUACAGAUAUUGA